AUGCUCAAGCAUCAAGCUCAGGCCGCCGGUGAUUUGUUUGAUGCCGACGCUGAGGGCACAAGAGAGGGUAUUGUGGGCAAGACGCUGCCCGAGGGCAUCACUUAUUUUACCCUCAUCCACUUCAUCAUUACCCUCAUCAUUCAUCAUCCACUUCAUCAUCCGCAUCAUCACAUGCGGGUGCAUGCAGCUGCCAGCAGCAGCAGCGUUAACCAUCAGCUGCAGCAGCUGAGUGCCAGCAUCGGUCAGCUCGGUUCUCGGCUGUCAGCGCUCGAGCUCAGCUUAGAUCAGCAGCUCAGUAAGCUGUCAGCCACGUCAGCUCAGGAGGGACACGCAGGCAAGUCUUCAUCAUCAAGUCCACCAUCAGGGACACGCAGGCAAGUCUUCAUCAUCAAGUCCACCAUCAGGGACACGCAGGCAAGUCUUCAUCAUCAAGUCCACCAUCAGGGACACGCAGGCAAGUCUUCAUCAUCAAGUCCACCAUCAGGGACACGCAGGCAAGUCUUCAUCAUCAAGUCCACCAUCAGGGACACGCAGGCAAGUCUUCAUCAUCAAGUCCACCAUCAGGGACACGCAGGCAAGUCUUCAUCAUCAAGUCCACCAUCAGGGACACGCAGGCAAGUCUUCAUCAUCAAGUCCACCAUCAGGGACACGCAGGCAAGUCUUCAUCAUCAAGUCCACCAUCAGGGACACGCAGGCAAGUCUUCAUCAUCAAGUCCACCAUCAGGGACACGCAGGCAAGUCUUCAUCAUCAAGUCCACCAUCAGGGACACGCAGGCAAGUCUUCAUCAUCAAGUCCACCAUCAGGGACACGCAGGCAAGUCUUCAUCAUCAAGUCCACCAUCAGGGACACGCAGGCAAGUCUUCAUCAUCAAGUCCACCAUCAGGGACACGCAGGCAAGUCUUCAUCAUCAAGUCCACCAUCAGGGACACGCAGGCAAGUCUUCAUCAUCAAGUCCACCAUCAGGGACACGCAGGCAAGUCUUCAUCAUCAAGUCCACCAUCAGGGACACGCAGGCAAGUCUUCAUCAUCAAGUCCACCAUCAGGGACACGCAGGCAAGUCUUCAUCAUCAAGUCCACCAUCAGGGACACGCAGGCAAGUCUUCAUCAUCAAGUCCACCAUCAGGGACACGCAGGCAAGUCUUCAUCAUCAAGUCCACCAUCAGGGACACGCAGGCAAGUCUUCAUCAUCAAGUCCACCAUCAGGGACACGCAGGCAAGUCUUCAUCAUCAAGUCCACCAUCAGGGACACGCAGUCGCUGGUGACGCAACUAGAACGCUUCGACGUAACGGACUCGCCUGGGCAAGUCAACUCGUCAACAGUUGGUCACGUCAAUGUUUCUCAGGUUGAAACGAAUUCAACACAUCGUCCUCCACCGGCAGACGAUGCUCUCACGGGCAUUCAACAGGAAAACAGAUCUAUGUCUCAGCUGCGAAAUCGUUAUCAACAGCAACAGCAGCGACAAUAUCAACGAAGGUUCCAACAGCAACAGCAGCAGCAACAGAAUAAACAACUAAUGCCAAAUCAGCAACAGAAUUAUCAACAGCAGAACCAACUACUGCAUCAGCAAAGGCAGCAGCUGCAACAACAGCAGCCGUGUGCCAUGCAGGAUUUUGUUAUUGAAGAGAUAGCACAACGUCUGGAAAAAUCGUUGACGCGUUCGUUUGCCGCUCUUCGUGCGUCGAUCAACAGCGACGUUACGACGUCCCUCGCUGACGUCAUCCACACGUCAGAAGUUGAACUCAGAAAUCAACACAGGGUCCUCACUCAGCUGAUCCUUGAACAAGCCACCACGAUACAGCGCAAUUUAACGUUGCAGCUUAAAGAACAAACUUGCAUCUGCAACAAGAACGAUAACAGCAAGUCAAACAGCGAUAACCACAAAGAUGGCAACGAAAACACCGGCGUAGAUAACGAUAACAACAACGAUGAAGAUAAAGACACGAGUUCGUCGAAGCACCUCCGUGUGGGGGCGAGGAAGGGCACUAGCGGCGCCCCUAGCAGGGGCACUGCAGAGCACGCGUCUGUCGCUGCCGCCACAUCUAGUAGCAACGGGCAGUGGGCUGCUAUGGACAGAACUAGUCAACCCACCUGCUCCCCUGACGUGUCAACUGUCGCUGCCUUAUCCGAGGUGAAGGUGCUGCUGCGGUCUGUAUUGUCUGCAAGCGAAGACCUGCGUCGGUCUAUCCGCCAGCAGACCACGGAGGGGCUAGACCAGCUGCAGCUGCUGCACCGACGCUUCGCUGCGCUGCUUGGUCUUAUCAACUCAGACCCCGACAAUGGACAGUCGCUGGCUUCGGAGCUGCAGGAGCUGGAGAAUCUGGUUGAGAACUCCUACACGUCGAUCCUGCACGCACAAAAUGUUUUCAUCGCGUCCUGCCACCGCAUACAGGACGAGGAACCGCUCGUCGAGGCCAAAAUCGCCGACAUCCUCGACAAGAUCGUCACUAGCAUCGAACUAGGGCAGCAAUACAACAGGGAGCAGCUGGGCGAGCUUCGGCAACUUGUUCACAAAAUGGGCAGCCAAAACACAUCCAUGGUAACAAGUCCUUACGGCUACCACCUCACUCGCGUCAGUCCUAAUAUGGACAACACCUUGAUGGAAGCCUGGAUCCAGGUUGUCAGAGGUGUCAACUCCACUUCUGACAGACUAGGGGCUGUUGCAGGAAGAGUUGCUCAGGUUCAGAACAACCUGAUUUCUACCACUUGGACAGCUCUCGGCGACAGGAAGGAUUUAGUAGAUCAGUUGCUGACUUCAGCGAAAGAUCUUUACGGGUACGCGAGAAAUCAGUUGCAAGUUUUAAGCGAUCUGAGCUUCAAUAUUGAAAAAACUCUAAGUUCCAGACCGCCUCCUGAGAUUCCAAGUCAAAGUCUCACUUUACGGGAUUUCAAUCCAAAGUCCCUAACCGAAGUUAGGCUACCCCACGCAUGCACCGAAGCUUUAAGGCCUCUACUUCGUUUCCAAGCUUUGGAAGAAAAUCGGGCAACCGACACCGUAAAUGGCGUUAAAGCCGAUAGAAAAGCCUCGGCAAGUGGCAACACCGAUGACGACGACGCCAUUCCGGCUUGGUACACGGAUCCGGACAUCGUUUCCGGAAACUACGGCACUCCCCAGCGACGAUUUCCGAGUUUCAGAGAAGACGACUGGCCAGAUCAAUACGACGAAUAUUCGCAGGAUUAUCAGGAUGCAAAUCUUCUGCAAGAAGAGACCGAUGAUAAUUCUGUUAAUGCUUCAAGUAAUGUCUCUAGCGCCACCAAUGCUACCGUUAUUGCUGAUCCAAGCGGUCAGUUCAGCAAUGAUACUCAACGGAUUGUCAAUGUUACUGCAGUUAUACCUAUAACUAAUGAUAACAGUUCUAUAGGCGAUGAUGUUCCAGGAAGCUUGCCGCUUGGAGAGGUUAAGUUGAAUUCCACUGAUGAAAAUUCUCUCGAAUUUCGGCCGUUGAAAGUUGAAUUAGAGUCAAGGGAGGAUGUGAAAAAAAGUCCAAGGGAUUUUGAAUUAAGAAAUUGAAGAGCCGUAGAAUAGGGUUCUGGCUUCAGACACCACAACUGCAGUGAACUGAUAAUAUCCUUAUGAAUAUAUAAUAUUGUAAUAAUAAUAAUAAGAUAAUAUGCCUGUCACCAUCACUUAGUAAAGAUUCGAGAACUUC